AUGGCUAGUAGAGGUAGAGGAAAGGAUAAACUGAAAAAGAGUGAAGAUGGAUGGGAAGAAUGGGGUGGUUAUAUGAAAGCUAAACAAGAGAAGUUACGACAACAGUAUGCUAAAAAUGGGUUGAAAUCAGAGAUAUUUAAAGGAAUAUCAAUAUAUGUAAAUGGAUAUACUAAGCCAUCUUCAGAUGAACUAAAGAGAAUGGUAAUAGAGAAUGGAGGAAUGUAUCAACAUUAUUUAUACAAAUUACAAGUUACACAUAUUAUAGCUACCAGUAUGGCGAAUAGUAAAAUAUCUAAGGAUUUAAAACAUAUGAAAAUAGUUAAACCAGAAUGGAUUACUGAUAGUAUAUCAUGUGGGAAACUGUUAUCAUAUAUCCCCUAUCAACUGUUUACAGCACAAUCUCGAUUACAGUCUGGUAUUGGUGGCUUUUCUGUUCCUAAAUCAUCCAUAUCUACAGAAGAAGACAGUGAAGUCAAAACUACCGUAUCCAAAUCCCAAAUUAACCAGUACAGAAAUUUCACUGAGGAUGUUGAGGUCUGCCCAGACUCUGAUCUUUCUGAUGAAGAUGAUUCCAUUUUAGGAAACCAGUUUGAAGAAGGUGAAAGUGAUGGAAAUUUGUCAGAUAAUAAUAAUUUGUCAGAAAUGUUUGUGCGAAGAGGUUCCGAAGAAAAUGGUUCUGCAAAGGAUAAUAACCAUGAGCAAGCUGUAAAACGUUCAUUGUCAUUGAAAAAAGACAGGAUAAAAUCUCAAUAUUCAGAGAGUAGAUCCUUAGACCAAUCCAACUCUGUCUCAAAUUUAGAAUCUCCUUACAAAUUAGAUCCAUCUAAAGCUCUAAAUGUUUCAAAUACCGGUACCUCAAAAGGACACUCACCGGCUAAAAUGGCCAAAGCAGGAGAUUCUAACUUUCUGUCUGAAUUUUAUGGCAAUUCACGUUUACAUCAUCUAUCAACAUGGGGAGCUGAGUGGAAAGCAUAUGUUACCAAGCUACAAUCGGAAAAUUCUGAUAAUUUUCCUGGCCGAGACAAGUUACGAGAAUUCCAUCAAGAAUCCUUGUUAAGAACUGGUGAAUCUGAAUCUCAUGCAUCUGUACGAGGAAGACCAGAACGUGUUAUUAUGCAUAUUGAUAUGGACUGUUUCUUUGUUUCUGUUGGUCUAUUGGAUAGACCAGAUCUAAGAGGUAAACCAGUUGGUGUUACACAUUCUAAAAAUAAAGGAAUGUCAGCCCCAAUCCCUGGAUCAGAUCCUCACUUUGAAAUGCAGCAAUGGCAUUUAAAAGGCAAGAAAAAACUUGGUGAUGUCUAUGAGAAGCUUCCAGUAGAUUUACAAUCAUUUGAUACUUUUACAUCAAUGGCAGAAAUAGCUUCUUGUAGUUAUGAAGCCCGAAAGGCUGGAGUUAAAAAUGGCAUGUUCAUGGGGCCAGCUAAAAAACUUUGUCCAGAACUUCAAACGAUACCAUAUAAUUUUGAGAAAUAUCAAGAAAUAUCCACAAUAUUAUAUGACACAGUUGCGAGCUAUACCCAUGAUAUAGAAGCUGUAAGUUGUGAUGAAAUGUUGGUAGAUUGUACAGACUUACUCUCUGAUACUGGAGUUACACCACUAGACUUUACCUCAAUAUUACGCCAAGAAAUAUAUACUAAAUCUGGUUGUACUGCAUCUACUGGAUUAGGAUCAAAUGUACUACUAGCCAAGUUAGCUACCAGGAAUGCCAAACCUAAUGGACAGUAUUAUGUAGAGAGUUAUGAUGUUCUAGAGUUUAUUAAAGAUGUCUCUGUUAGAGAUCUACCAGGUGUUGGGUGGUCUAUGAACAGGAAGUUAUCCAAUAUGAAUGUUAAAACUUGUGGUGAUUUGCAGAGUGUGCCAUUAUCAACAUUACAGAAAGAGUUUGGUUCCAAAACAGGUCAAUCCUUGUAUAAUUCUUGUCGAGGAAUUGAUGAUAGACCAAUUAAAAUGGAGAAUGAAAGGAAAUCGGUGUCUGCUGAAAUUAAUUAUGGGAUCAGAUUUCAAAAAGAACAUGAAUGUGUCAAGUUCUUUAAUGAUUUGUCAGAGGAAGUUCAUAAUCGUCUUCAGAAAGUCAAACGAAAAGGAAAAGUUGUUACUUUAAAGCUCAAAGUACGUAGAGAAGAUGCUCCUAAAGAAACAGCAAAAUUCAUGGGGCAUGGUAUCUGUAACAGUUUAUCUAGAUCUAUAACUCUACCUCUAGCCACUGAUGAUGCUAGUUGUAUAGCCAAGGAAUCUCUUAUGCUUUUACAUGCUUUAAAAGUUGAUGUUACUGAUUUAAGAGGGAUAGGAAUUCAAGUGACCAGACUAGAAGCUGAAGCAGGUAUCAAAUCUGACAAGUCUGCAUGUGGACACCAAAGUAUCCUCAACUUCACUGUUGCCCAGAAAACAUCUCCUGAUAAACCUGCUGGUAAACCAAUUCAAUCUCCUAACAAAAGCCGUAGUGUUAAAACUCUACCAACAAUGGUGCCAAAAAUGAAUGAUAUUGAUGUAUUUCUGCAAAGAUCUUCUGUCCAGAAGGGUGAAAGAGGUGCAUUCAAGGGAGAUAAUGUACCGGAGAUUGAUUCUAAUGCUUAUAAAGAUUUCUAUGGUGAAGAUACUGAGAAGAGGAGUUCAUCUCUAUCUCAAUCUUUGGUGGAAAAACAUCGGAUAACUUUAAUGAGUGGUCAUACUCUAGUGGACGAGUUAUCAAGACGUAAAACAGCAAAAGGAUUUUUACCACCACUACCAACAUUACCUAGUUUUACUUCUCCUGAAUCAACCCCAUCACCACCUGAAUCAGGCUUUCUUCCAUUCUCUACCAGAAGUAACUCCUCAGCAACAGCAAUAUGUUCAACCCUGGAUUUUCUUCCUUCUCCAUCACAGAUAGAUCAAGAGGUGUUAAAAGAACUACCACCAGAUAUACGUCGACAAAUAGAACAGGAAAUAAAAUCUAAACAACCAGACACUAGUAAAUCAUCUACCAUCAUACAUGAUAGUCAAGAGGCGGGUUGUUCUUACUGGCCAGAUCCUGUCACUACUGAUAUGAUAACCAGAUCACCUGAAGAUGAUACACCAAUAGUAGCUUUACCUUCACCAUCACAGAUUGAUUUAGAUUGCUUAAAUGCUUUGCCAAAAGAGUUACAAGAUGAACUGAAGUCUGCUUACAAACAUCAGACAACUCAAGCAGAUAUGCAACACAAAUCACCUACCAAACUAGCAUCUCCCAGUAAAUCCAAGAAAAGUCCACUAUUUAAAGUACCUAAAGGAAGAGCUACAAAGAAACGUAAACUUAGUCCAAAAAAACUAUCUUUCUCAAAUAAGAAGUCAAAAUCAAUUGAACAAAAAGAAGUGGAUCACGAUACUGUAUUGAUUUCUAUAGAAGAUGAUGUGUCAGGUAUUGGUCCUAGACUAACAGAGAAUGCUAGUUUUGAUAAUGAAAAUGUAGCAGAAGCACAACCAGAAACUAAACCAGUUGCUGAAGAAAUUAAUUUAUGUGGUGCUGUACAUAUUAAAGAUGUGAGAAAUUUGUUAAAAGAAUGGCUUAACAGCUGCCCCGUUCCUCAAGAAGAAGAUGUAGAAGUUAUAACUAAUUAUUUAAGUCAACUGAUACUAGAUAAAAAUUUAGAACUGGUAGAUUUAGUACUUAAAGCCUUGAAUAGGUACAUACACAAGUUAAAUAAUAAUGUAUGGAGAAAUUCUCUAAGGCACAUAGUGAAUAAUACACAAUGUUUAAUACAUUCUUUACAUGGUAGUCAACUUAAUAUACAGUAUAUGAAGACUUUGUUGUAA